AUGGGCUUUAAUGUGACUUCUUUGUUGGUGGAUUCGUUUGUGGAUCAACUUCGGAAGGGAUAUGAAAAAACAUAUGGUCAUAUGAACGAGAAUUAUAAGGAAAUUAUUUGUUGGGCUGCCGGAAUGGCUCUAGAUAUCAUCGCCAAUUCUGAUGCAUUGUAUCAUAAUGUGAAGCAUACCAUUCAUGUGACUCUGGUUGGCCAAGAAAUUCUACGAGGAAAACAUAUUCGUGAAGGAGGAGUUACGAGUGAGGAUUGGCUACAUUGUAUCAUUUCCUUGUUAUGUCACGACAUUGGUUAUGUUAAGGGCGUUUGUAGACAUGACGACAGGGAGGCAGGAGUGUAUGCUACUGGUCGUGGAGAUGAGGUUGUGAAAAUCGAUGAGAAUGCAACUGACGCUUCUUUAACACCAUAUCAUGUUGAUCGUGGAAAAUUAUUUAUUGCUGAACGUUUUAGUAAUCAUAACAUUAUCAAUGUUGAGAAGAUUCAGAAAAACAUCGAACUUACUCGCUUUCCAGUUCCUCAUGGCGAGGAUCACAAGGAUACCAAAGGUUAUCCAGGAAUUGUGAGAGGUGCAGAUUUAUGUGGACAAAUGUGUGACCCUCGUUAUUUACAAAAGAUUGCGGCUCUUUAUUAUGAAUUUGUUGAAACUGGAACCGCACAGAAACUUGGAUAUACCAGCCCGGGUGCUCUCAAGAAAAACUAUCCAAAGUUUUAUUGGAAAUCCGUGUAUCCAUAUAUUAAGCACAGCCUUAGCUAUUUGAAUACCACCCAGGAAGGAAAGAGCUAUGUUUCUGGUUUAUAUUCAAAUGUGUUCUCUUUGGAGCACUCUGUCGAUCCAACUCCUGAGGAAGAUGAUUCUGCUAUUCGUGAGGAAUGA